CUUAUAUACAAAACCUGCCUAGGCAUUCUAACCUAAUUGCAUAAUAGCAAGCCCUGCACUAAGUGGAAAAGACAUUAUGUUCAUUAAUAGGAAGUUACUUUUCUCCAAAUUUAUUCGGUGCAAUUUCAAUGAAAAUCCAGCAUGUUUUUGACAUAGAACUUGUAAAAUUGACCUCACAAUUCCUUGAAAAGCGGAAGCAAAAUACUAAGGAUACCUGUGAAGAAAAGUGAGGUGUGAGACUUGUCCUAUUAGUUAGCAAGCUUUAGUAAAAAGAAAGCUGGAGUAAUCAAAAGCAUGGCAAAGCAAACUGACCAGUGGGAGUUGCUAAAAUAGGAUUGAGAAACAAAUGGAAAUUUGACGACAUGGCUCAUCCAGAGGAAGCAUUCUCAACUCAGUAAAUGCAAAUGAGACAGUUGAGUUCGCCCUAAGGGAGAAUAUGUAAUUAGAUCUCUGUAUAGUACCAGGCACAAAAAAUAAAUUCUUGAGGAGGGAAGACCAAUUUAAAGUAAAGCCUUAAUAUCUAUAUAAAAACCAGAGGGAGAUAUUUUUGUGACUUCUGGGCAAAAAAAAUUUUUUUUUAAUGCUUACGUAAAGUCAUAAUACUCAGCAUUUGUAAAGACUCCAAUAAGAAACACACCUACUUGAGAAGUGAAUAAGAAAUCCAAAUGGAUGUUUUAAGGAAGCGGAAAAGCAAACAGCCAACAGCGUUUAAAGAGGUUACUCUUGUUCGUGAUUACAAAAGAUCUCAAUUUACACUCACUAAAAUGGCAAAUUGAAAAGUGACAAUUCCAGGAGAUCAUGUAUACUUGUAACAAAGGAAACUCACUGUGCUGGUGUCGGUGUAACUGGAAAACAAGAUGGAUUGCUGACUAUCAAACAGCCUAUUAACUGGUACCUGAAAUUUUUUUUUUUUUUUUUUGGAAAGGCAGAUUUUUGCUAAGCUAUUUUUUAUUAUGGUUUUAUGAUACAGUUCCAUAGGCUCUGAGAUCUCCCUCCCCUGCUGCUCUCCCCUCUGAGGUAUUACAGUGGGUGGUUCUUUAUGAACAGUCUUAGGUCCGUCAUGCAGUUAUUGGGGUGUUCCCCACAUCGUGGGCAUAGACGAUGUCGCAGAAUCCCGUGUCCUGCUGUUAGGAUCAUUUCAUCUCAUUGGGAGUCCGUAUUUCGUCUGGAUGCAAAGACACAGACUGCGCUUUGUCUCCACUUUUUGAUACCUGAACUCUUACAAACUUGGCGAAAACACGAAAGAGGCUAGAAUGAAUAUCUACAAUAAAAUUGUUGAUACAUAGGUCCUGAUCUGAAAAGAACCCAGAUGUCUAUCAGCAAGAAAAAUCAACGAACUCUCUGUGGAAUAGCGUCAGGGCAGAAUGUUAUUCAGCCAUGGGAGUGAAAGAACGCAGGCGCGGAGGAGCCCUCGGGCGGCAGAACGCUGAGGAACCAGUGGGCACCGAAGACUGCGGUGCCAUGGCCCCAUGGUGUGCAACGCCCAAAUACGAACAAGACCGAGUCCUGCUGCUUAAGGGCACGUGCAUGUGUAGAUGUGGUAACGAAACCUAGAAGACAGGUGGUAGUGAGUCAGUGACACAAAUUGGGCAACAUUUUGACACUUUGAACCGGUGAGGGAAGACAGGGGAGGCGGUGGAAAGGAUUUUCUGAGGAGAUUCAGUAUUAGUAACAUUCUACCAAAGGUGGUGUAUUAGUCAUAAUUUGAUCACAUACAUUGUGAUUUUUCACUACUUCGAAAACACCCAAGCAACUGGCGGUUGUCUAAAAAUAGCAACAUCCAACGUUUUUAACUAGCGAACUACGGGUGUGUGGAGGCUUGGCCCUCCAACACGCAUGCGCGCGGUUCCCAGCCAAUCAGGGGCAAGCCUGACUGAGGCCCCACGUGAAUCACAAUUCACCUUAGAAGCUUCCAGGCGUCGAAACGAAGCGAAUUGGCAGAACAGCAAAAUGGCGCCUGCUGGCAGAAAGCAUUCUGGAAAGUUACGGAAUGUGUCCAUAGGCUCUCCCGAGAGAGCCUAUGACUUCCAGAAAGAAGUGGAAGAUUGCAGUGAGUCAGAGGAGGACAUUCUAGAAGGAAAAAUUCCAGUAGUUAACAAACGUGGGAAGAAAAGACCUUCAAGAUUAUUUGAAGAUGUGGGGGGCGAAGUACAGAGUAUGCUGGAACGGUUUGGAGCGGACAUUCAUAAGGCUCUUCUUGCCAAAAGAAAGAGACUAGAAAAUUACACCAAGGCUUCCUUCAAAAACAGUAAUCAGAUAAUUGAACAUUUUUGGAGAGCACAGCAAGAGAAAAGGCGGGAGCUUCACCAAGAGUUUUCUCAGCAGUUUCAAACUUUGUUUCAGCAAUGGGAUUUAGAUCUGCAGAACUCUGUGGAACAGGAAGAAAAGCUAACUAAUUUGUUUCGACAACAACAAAAGGCUUUUCAACAAUCUAGAAAUCUUCAAAGCCAGAGACUGAAAACAAUCAGACAGCUUUGUGAGCAGUUAAUAAAGAAUAUGGAGGACUUGGAAAAGAAUGAUGAAAAUCUAUUUAAUGGUACACAAACUGAAUUUAAGAAAGAAAUGGCCAUGUUGCAGAAAAAAAUUAUGAUGGAAACGCAGCAGCAAGAGAUGGCAAGUGUCCGCAAGUCUCUUCAAUCCGUGUUAUUCUGAUGACUCUUUGAAGAAAGAACUUGAACCUAAAUGACAGAAUGGAGUGAGACGUUAGCUUAUGUUAACACUUUAGAACAGUUUAGAAAUUGUAGUUUAAGUGGUAAUAUUCAUCUUUAAUUACUAGCUUAGUUCAGUGUAAGAUACCUCCUCUCUGUUAACAUCCAAAUAAAAUCCAAA